AUGGGUCUCAGGAACUGGGAGGACCAGAGAAACGAUCCAGAAGACAUGCGCGCAGCAAGAUACUACGGCCAGGAAGAUAUUCGGAUUGAGGAUGUGGACGAGCAGAAAUGCGGCGCGGGACAAGUUCGAGUCGCCCCCGCCUUCGUAGGAAUAUGCGGCACAGAUCUCCAUGAAUAUCUCGGCGGUCCAACCUUCGCUCCGAGGACACCACACCCGUGCACCAACGACACGAUACCCAUCACCCUAGGUCACGAAUUCUCAGGAACCAUCACUGAGGUGGGCUCAGGUAACUCGGCCUUCACAGUAGGCCAGAAUGUAGUCGUUCAACCAACAAUAUUUUGCGGUACCUGCGAAGCAUGCAAAGCGGGAUCGGAGAAUGUAUGCUACAACGGCGGCUUCAUUGGACUCUCCGGAGGCGGAGGCGGCCUCAGUGAAUCUGUUGUCGUGCCUGAAGGGUCAGUGCUGAGCCUACCGAACAACGUACCUCUCGAUAUUGGUGCUUUGGUCGAGCCCUUGAGUGUUGCAUGGCAUGCUGUAUCCGCGGCUCCCAUAACGCCCGACUCGGUCGUCAUGAUCCUGGGUGGUGGACCGAUUGGCCUUGCCAUUGUGCAAUGCCUUGUUGCAAUUGGCACACGAAAAAUUAUUGUCAGCGAGAUAUCAGGCGCACGUCAGCGUUUUGCAAGAGAGUUUGGGGCACAUCAUGUGAUAUGCCCCAAGACGUAUGACGUUGUGCAAAUGGGAAAGGUGCUUAGCGACAGCGAUGGGCCGGACGUGGUGUUCGAUUGCGCGGGCGUACCUGCUAGCCUCACGACGGCAUGCAAAGCUGUCAAAGCUCGAGGCACGGUGGUGAAUGUGGCUAUCUGGGAGAGAGAAGUGCCGUUCAACCCGAAUCUGCUGGUUUUCCGAGAAGCAAAGUAUACGGCUGUGUUGGGCUAUCAGAAACAAGACUUCCAAGCGGUGAUUGACCUUUUGGCUACCGGAAAAUUGCAGCCGAGAAAGAUGAUCACUAGCAAGAUACAGCUUGAAGAUCUCGUUGAACACGGCAUCAAGGCCCUCAUCAACGAUAAAGAGAGUCAUGUCAAAAUAUUGGUAGAGGUCGGCGGGAUGAGCCGUAUAGACUCCGCUAUACAUUAG